AUGAACUAUAAGUUGGCAGACUUCAUUAGCAAUUACCUUAAUGAAUAGAAACUAUUAACUGACAAAUACACAAGACUAUUUAAUCAAAUCAAAUUAGGAGAUAGUAGUUUGAAUAGAACCAGUAGUUCACUUUUAAAUUUGAAAAAGCGAUCUCAAAAUUAAGAUUUCUUAUAUAAUUCAAACAAGGAAAAGACUAAUUGUUAAUAUUGUGGUAAAUAGUAUACAAGUAAAUUGCCUUUGAGGAAUCACAUAAAGAAAUUUCAUCUUUAAGAUAAUUAUACAUCCAGAAAUGAACUAUCAACUAAAUAAAGUACACCAUAUGAUGAUGAUUAUGAUUAAAGGAAGUAAGAUUAUUCAAGGAGAGAUGACAGUUCUAAUGAAGCAGAUGAAGAAUUGAGAUAAAAAUUGCUUAGGAAUGUAUAAGCUAUUGAGAAAAGAGAGAAUGGAAGUGAAUCGAAAGGUGAAAAAUAAGAUCAAGAAUUUAUUAUAAGUGGAUUAAAUUCAGAUUCAAGUUCAGAUGAUGAAUGA